GCGACCCACAGGAGCCUACAGACAGUAGUGAGCACAGGAGGGCGUCAGAACCAGGUAUUUGGACCCACCAUGUGAAGAGGUCUCUGACACUGAACAAGGGGACUGAUCCCGGAAAGAUGAAGAUUGAUAAAGAACUCACAGCAAACAUCGGGCUUCCUCUGGAACUGCUUCCGAAGCAUGAGCCUUGGCCAGCCUAUGUGACAUACACCUCCCUGAUGGUGGAGCGACUCGUCGAGAAGAGCAAAGCCAGAGAACGGGAGUGCAUGCAAGCUCUCGAGGAAAGCCGGCGGAACCUGGAUCAGGACAAGACUUCCGGCAUCGUCCAGCUGAGAAGGAAAAAAUUAUCUAAGACCUCUGGCAGGAUGGCGCUCAAGGACACGAAUUCAGAGACCGUGCUAUCCCUGUGGAGCGCUUUCUCGACAAGUCCCACCAACGGCCCAGAAACCAUACACAUUCAUACAGACUCCCGAGGAAGUCCCACUGCAAACUAUAACAAGAUCAUCUUCUCUCGAAAACCUUUGAUGAGGAUGCUUCCAUACAGCUCACUUCUGGCCAGCAAGGAAAAACAUUUCAAUGUUUAG